AAAUCGAGCUCGGACCCGGAGCCCCGCUGGCAGCUUCGUCUGGGAAUUGUGAGAGCUCCAGACAUUCAGCCCAGGGGACUUUUGGGAUCUCCGAUACAGCUCAUAUCGUUCCAGUGUGUAAAGUGCGAGUCGACGACAUCAUGGAGGAGACACGGCCCGACCUGAUCAUCGCUAUUGACUUUGGAAUGACAUGUACCGGAGUCGCAUACGCAAAUCCCUCUAUCGGCGCUGAUACUAUUCGGUGGAUUCAGCGAUGGCCGGGACGUAUGCAAGCAAAUGAGAACAAAGUCCCGACGAUACUAGUCUACCCCAAUGACCAGCCCAAUCCCUCAUCAUGGGGCUUCCUAUCCGAAACGAUGACCGAGGUGACCGCCGUGGACAAAGAGUUUCGCGAAUGGUUCAAGACAUUUCUCGACGAGGGUAGACUGAAUCAAGCUCAAAGAGACGCAAAAGAUCCGACAGAUGUCCCCAGGUCCAUAGAAGAAGUGGAGAAAUGGUACUGCGACUACUUCAAGUUCCUCUACCAGCAUAUCCGAUCCAAACUCCAAAAUGAGAUUAGUUCUCGUUGGGAAGAUGCCCGAAUUGAUUUCAUCUUCAGCGUUCCAACGACCUGGGCGCCAAACCCCACAGUCGAGCGCUUCCGAAAGAUCAUAGACCGCGCAGGAUUUGGACGAUAUCCAGGUCACAUCGCGACAAUCGGGUUGACGGAAGCGGAGGCGGCCGCCGUCCACAUGUCUCGGGAAUCUCCUGCAAUAUUCCUCGAAAGAGAUAUACUCAUAGUCUGCGACGUUGGUGGGGGGACGACCGAUCUAUCAGCGCUUAGAGUCACUGGCACGGGUAGUGGAUCGUUGAGCCUGGAACAACUAGAUGUCGUAUUUGGUGCUAAUCUUGGCUCUGCUCAAAUUGAUCGCGGUUUCGAAAAUGCAGCUCUUCAACGACUGGAAUUUGCGAAUCGAAGCCUUCCAAUGGGUAUUGAGAUUGAAGAUGCAGCGUGGGAGAUGAUGAAGAGCAAAGAAUAUCAGAAUGCGAAAUGUGAUUACGGCGCCGAAGAUGAUACACCCAUGUUCUCCGUUGCGGUGCCUAAGCUUAGCAGAACGUACACGAAUGAGCCUGCAGGCAUCAUCAAUGGUGAAUUAAGGUUUCAAAGAGAUAACUUGAAGAUACUGUUUGAUGCUCAAAUCGACAGACUUUUCGGUCUGAUAGACAAGCAAUUAACACAAAUAUAUCAAAAGUUCCCACAAGAGCAAGUGGCACAUCUUGUCCUUUCCGGUGGUCUCGGCAACUCCGCAUACCUUCAGCAGCGGUUACGAGAACGGUAUGCUUUCGGUCGCGCGCCUUUUCCGAAUGCCUUGCGUUUGCAAGUUGGAGUAGCUCCGGACCCACAGCUGGUUGUGUGCAAAGGCAUCGUUGCCGAUCGUAUACAGAAGAUGAAGAGUGGGAAAUCGGUGCUGGGUUGGCGAUGCUGUCGGUCGUCUUAUGGAACAAUAUGCAAAGUCCUGUAUAACCCUCUGAAUCCCAUGCAUCACAACAAGCCAACGGAACGAGAUCCCAUGGACGGUCAGUUGUACAUUGCUAAUGUUAUUGACUGGUUCAUAAAACAAGGCGACCCGGUAUCAAUUGACUAUCCAAUCGUUCGACAAUUCCGACAAAAGGUCACGCCUGGCAACCCCAAACGAGUUUUCCCCACUGCGGUCAUUGAAUCCCAGCUCGACAAAACCCUUCUGCCUUUCGUCAUGGACCACAAUUGCAGGACUUUGUGCAGUGUACAGUCCGACUUCUCGAGCGUCGAACUCGCCAAGUUCAAGCUCAAGAACAGACACUUUUGGAAUCGAGGCCAAAAAUAUCACCGUGUGGACUACGCAGUGAAGGUUGUCCUAGGACCAGCAGACAUCCGCUUUGAACUCUGUAGGCCCUUCUUUCAUCUUCUCGUUUGUCUAUAGAUUAAUCUCACUACUUCGACAUUAUGCUUGAUUCGCUAACACUCAUCAGGGUGGAACGGCCAAAAGCUCAGCCGCGAUACUCCCAUCAAAGUCGAAUGGCACGCAGCGCCCGCUCCCGAUCCUUCCACACUUCCUCCAGUUCCAGAUAUCAAUCCUAUGGCGCAAACUCACUUCGGUCUCCCCGCGGCUCGUACGUGGGGUGGCGUGCCAUCACAGAAUGGAUACUUGCCUGCAUCACCACCAAUGGCCAUGUCGCCGGCGAUGUCGACUGGGUACCUCUCAGCAGGGAUGAAUCGUGGCUAUGCGAAAGGGUAUGCAACUACGAAUCAGGGAUAUGCAUCCC